UAAAAGAGGAGGCGACGACCCCCGAGAAGAAAAACAGAGAACUAAAGAAAGCCGGGAGGCACCUGGCUGUGAGCUGUCACCGCUGCCCCGCGUCUCUUCCACCGACCGACGCUCUCCCUCGCAGAGGCGGAUCUGACUGCGAGGACCGAGCCGCUCAGCUGAACCCCCCCACACCCACGCCACCUCCAGGAUCCACACACGCGCGCGCUUCAGGCUUAAGCAGCCCUCCUCAUAUUCGGUCAGGUCUAGCACAUUGCUACCUCUGAUCCAUCCAAAAUGGCUCCUACUCUGGCCACGGCCUUCUCCCGCCGCUGGUGGAUGGCGGUUACAGCAGUCAUUGAGAACCUGCUUUUCUCUGCUGUGCUUCUUGGCUGGUCGUCCCUGCUCAUCAUGCUCAAGUCGGAGGGCUUCUACUCCUACCUGUGCAAAGGACGAGAAAACAGCUCCAGCUUCAACUUCUCCAACACAUCCACCCCUGCAGCCAAAGGCGGAGAAGAAGAGUACUUGGAAAUGAACAACUGGCCCAUCUGCAAAGACCAGGAUGAGAUGCUGAACCUGGCCUUUACUGUGGGUUCCUUCUUGCUGUCAGCCAUAACUCUGCCCCUGGGUAUUAUCAUGGACAAAUACGGGCCGCGGAAGCUGCGACUGUUGGGGAGUGCCUGCUUUGCCUUCUCCUGUCUCCUCAUCGCCUAUGGUGCCAGCGAUCCCAACAAUCUGUCCAUCCUGAUCUUCUUCGCAUUGGCGAUGAAUGGGUUUGGAGGCAUGUGCAUGACCUUCACUUCACUGACGCUGCCCAACAUGUUUGGAGAUCUGAGGUCGACCUUCAUUGCCCUGAUGAUUGGAUCCUAUGCUUCCUCUGCUGUCACUUUCCCUGGCAUCAAGGUGAUCUAUGAUCUGGGUGCCACAUUCAUCUCCAUCCUUCUGGUUUGGGCCGGCUGUGCCUGCCUCGUCUUCUUGAACUGCUUCAUCAACUGGCCUUUGGAGCCCUUCCCUGGCCCAGAAGACAUGGACUUCACGGUGAAAAUCAAAUUCAGCUGGCUAGGAUUUGACCAUAAGAUCACCGGUAAGCAAUUUUAUCGGCAGGUGACCACAGUGGGACGCCGUCUGAGCGUAGGCCACGCCAUAAAGCAGCAGGAUGCGCCCUCCAAAGAGCUGUCCACACAAGAGGCCAACAAGCUGUGCCUGUCCACUGUUGACCUGGAGGUGAAUUGCAAGAGUCAGGAGGAGACUCAGAGCUUCAUGAAGAGUAUCUUCAGUCCCAUCUUCUUGCUGAGCCUUAUCACCAUGUGCGUGACUCAGCUGCGCCUCAUCUUCUACAUGGGAGCCAUGAACACCAUCCUGGAGUCCCUAACAGACAGAGACCUCAGCACAGUGGAGAGGAUGGAAGUGGUGAGCGUGUACACCUCCAUCUUUGGCGUGCUCCAGCUCCUUUGUCUGGUCACCUCUCCUGUGAUUGGCUACGUCAUGGACUGGAAGCUUAAAGACUGUGAGGAUGAAAAUGACAAGAGCACCAAGAGAGAGCCUGGUCAACCCCGUCGCCCUGACAAGCGGAUCCAGAAGAUCGUCAAUGCCACCAGAGCUUUUAUCUUCACCAACAUACUCCUGGUUGGCUUUGGAGUUACCUGUAUCAUCCCCAACCUCCCACUUCAGGUUGUCUCCUUUAUCCUGCACACUAUUGUGAGAGGCUUCAUCCACUCUGCAGUUGGCGGGCUUUAUGCUGCUGUGUAUCCAUCCUCUCAGUUUGGCAGCCUGACAGGCAUGCAGUCUCUGAUCAGCGCUCUGUUCGCCCUGCUCCAGCAACCUCUCUUCAUGGCCAUGGUGGGACCCCUGGAGGAAGACCCCCUAUGGGUGAACGUGGGUCUGCUGGUGCUGAGCAUGCUGGGAUUCUGCCUGCCCUUCUACCUGCUGCACCACAGCCGCCAGCUUCAGCGCCUCCGAGACGAACGUGACGAAGAUCCCAAGAUCUAUGUUAAGAUGAACAAUGGCAGCACUCCUGAGGCCUGUGUGUAGACGGGCACGAAGACGAGUUUUUACAAAGUAGAUGAGCUACACUAAAGAGGGAGGGGACUGAGGUCACGUUCCUGUGGGACAUGUGUUGAACGAAUUCACUCUGAGACCGCCACACCUCACACUCAUAAAUCUUACAUUCCCCAUGCACACACAGAUGCACACACUUCCACCAUCAUACUGACACCCAUAUGUGACUGAACACCACUGUGACACCACCUUCACCCUCUCUGUGAAGAACCCCUAACACACACUCACCCAUUCAGUCCACAUGGAGAGCUUUCAGUCCCUUGACUGCACCCAUGAACCGAGGAGAAAACUGACUAAAGGGAGAGAAAAGAAGCAGCUGCUUCAGUCUCCCCAAAGGUUCCUCCUCUCUCACUUUUUUCUUCAUGUCUGCCAUUUAAUUUCAUGCUGUUACAUCUGAGGAUCAGCUGGUUUAGCGUCUCCUAGUCCUACUUAAGUAACCACAGGAGAAGAUGCCAAAAAAUGUCAGCGCAGUGUUCAAAGGUUUUAGACAUUUGCUUUCUGAUUGCCCAGGAUGGUCAGUUUUUGUUUUGUUUUUUGUGAGAAGAAGCUCACACACACACACACACACACACACACACACACACACACUCAGACCCACUCAGCAUCCUGGGCCACGGCAUCUCUGUGCUCUCUUGUGCACAAGGGCAUUAACUCAAUAAGAACCCAUUGAGAGCAGCACUGGUAGCAGUUUAGAUGGAAACCUGGACAGGUUUGAGCCCAGCGCACAAUACACAGCCUCAGUGUGUGCGUGACAUGAUGCAGUGACUGGGUUAAUCUGCGGGGUUAGACACACACUGCAUGAUGCCAGCGAUGGUGCUGGUCCUUUAUUACUGCUGCCAUUAUUUUUCUUUUGUUUUGUUUCUUUGUCCAUAUGUUUGAAAUAUGUAACCUUUUUUGUAUUUACUUGCAAUAUGAUCUUGGAUGUGUUAGGUGUUUAUUUCUUUUGCAUGAUCUCAAGCUAUUAAGGUGGAAAUUAUUUUAGACAUACUGUGUUUUCAAAGGUUGGUGUGGUUGCUAGGUGAAUUUUAGGAUCUUGACUGGUUGUAGCAAUAAGUCUUCAGCGAGGUUUAACAUGCUGAAAUCCAGACAUGCAGGAUAUUCAGUGGACUGCAUUUCCUAAUCACAAAAAGGUGCUAGUUUAAUCACAGAAAUGUGUCUGUUGCAUUUGCUUUAAGGCACUGUUAAGGUCAUCAGAUUACCAACGAGAGAUUGUUUUUCUUAAGGCAUGUUCCAAAGAAUCAGUCAGAUUAUGUUUUGCUUGGUAUCACUUCUGCUCGGUCACGCAAACGCUGGGAUUCUUGAAUUCACCUCUUACAGACAAAGGGAGAUUUAGCUUGAUGGUAGCAGAGUGAAACAGACACAAUCUUCCAGCUUCUGAGAAAAGACACCAGCGUUCUGAGACUAAGUACAGACAAUAAAGCAGUCUUUGUCUUUCAAGCAGAAGCCCAGAACAGAAGCAUGGAGUGUGUAGACGAUGAAGCAGGGAGAUAAUAAUUCAGUCUGCUGUCCUCAAAUGUCAUACAGAGAAGCUCCUCUGAUACCUCCGCCCCCAACUUGCAGUACGGUGACAGAGGCACAUCCAAAGACAGCCUCAUGACCCUCAGAGUGCCUCACUGUGAUAGGGGUAGUGGAUCUGGGCAGCAUUUAACCCCGCUCUUCCUCCAUCUAGCCAUCAUCCAUUCAUCCAUCCUUUCCCUACCUACUCAAGCACACCUUAAAAUGUUUACUGACAGAACUGAGAGACAAAGCUCUGCUGCCAUCACGUGCUCCCAGCAAAUGACUUCAUUAAGACAAGAACGACACACGAUGCACUUUAGAGCCUCUAAAACGGACCUGCCUGCCCAUGUAUCUAUCACACAGUGCGUGGCUGCUUAUGGAUGGUGCAUGAUGCAAAGAAUGUAGACUCUGAGCUUAAAAUCUAGAUUUGUAAUUUACAAUUCAGUUAUUUUUGUAUAAUCCCAUUGCUUCACACGUUCCUUUUAUUGCCUUUAUGUGCUUGGACAGUGGGGCAGAGACUCAUCUCUCAGUUCUGCAACCUUCACAGGAUGAACCAGUCGCAACAAUAUUAAACCUAAUAUAGGUUUAAAGAAGCAGGAGAAGACUGUAUGGAUUAAAGUUGGUACAGAAAUGAUUUUAGUUGGAUGACAAGUGUCAUCAACUUUUGGAUUGUGGGGAAAAAGUGUACAUUUGUAAUUAAAGGUGUUUGCAUCUCUUUAUCUAACUGAAUGGUGGCCUUUUUGGUCAUAUAUUACAGUCCUGACUGACUGUAUUUCCAUAAAUGCAGAUCUUAUUUUGUACAUCCACAUGUCUUGUUGUUUGGAGCAGUUAUCCAAUACCUAGCACAAAAGGUAUUGGAUAUCAGACCUGAACAUAUCUAAAUAUUUAUAAUUCUGCCAUCUUUAUUUGUAUUUUGUAAAUUGAGAUCCACACAAAGACAACCAGGGAAAGUCCUACUCAGAAGUCAUUCCACAAGUGCAAGAUUAUCUCUCAAUAACAGUUUUGUGCUUGUGGGAUAGAACACAAUAGAUUUUUAAAAAAAUAGAAAUGUAAAGUCAGUGCUCAUAUCUUCACUCACAAAUGUACAGUUUGUGCAGGAUUAACAUCAUAUGUAAAUGUCAGGUGAAGACAGACACUUGGUGGAUGAGUGAGUUUAUUUUUUCACAAACUGUAAACCAAUCAGCACUUUUCCUUCACUGGAGUACCUGAAACGCCUCACCCCAUCCUUCCGGCAUCCUCACCUUCACAGCUUAGCCUGAACCUCUGAUGAUUGGAAUUGGUUUAUUGAUCGAUGUGUUUA